CAGCUACUGUAGUAUGCUUCGGAAAUUUCAGUACAAAAUUGUUACUAAAAAAGAGCUAUACAAAUGUUGUAUUUGUAAGCUGCUGUGACAGUCCUGAUAGUUUGUGCAAUGGCCUUUAUCUAAGUGCGUAUAAAUUGUUUUGUUUGAGAAUUCGAACUUGAUAAAUAAUGCUUACACAUGUGAUUUUACAAUGCGAAGUAUAUACAUAAUAUAUCAAAAAGCACUGAAAAAAUAUCCCAUAAGAACACAAGCGGUACAAGCUGGAAUACUAAUGGGACUUGGCGAUCAAAUUGCGCAAAACUUUAUAGAAAAUAAUUCAAAAACCAUUGAUUUUAUACGUACAAUGAAAUUCGCUGGAAUUGGUUUGUUCAUUAGUGGUCCAGCAACGAGAAUAUGGUAUGGAAUCUUGGAUAAAUACAUUGGUUCAAAAGGUCAUUCCGUUGCAAUAAAAAAAGUUGUUUGCGAUCAAUUACUCUUUGCUCCUACAUUUUUAGCAGUUUUACUAGUUAUUAUUGGACUUUCUCAAGGAAAAGAUAUUGAAAGACUAAAAAUAAAAAUGAGUAACGAAUAUAAUGAUAUUUUGAUAAAUAAUUACAAGCUAUGGCCGAUGGUGCAGCUUGUCAACUUUUCUUUGGUACCCUUACAUUAUCAAGCUCUAGUUGUACAAUCAGUUGCUCUAUUGUGGAAUAGUUACAUUUCAUAUAGAACAAGUUUAGAUAAAUAUAAAUGAUAUAACAUGAUUGAUCAAUGUAAAACAGUUGUGUGUAACUGUCAAAGUUAUUACAAUUCUUAAGGAUCGUUUAGUAUACAUGCAACAAUAAAACUUAUAUAUUUUGUAAUAUUAGGAUUAUAAUUUUAUAAAAACUUAAUUUCAUUGUUUUGCCAAGUAAUCUACCAUUAAAAAGUAUAGACAUACUA